CUGUGCUCUGAGCAAAAACAAAAUUAUUUCCCCCGACAACUGUUCAACUUUUGUGUAUGUGUUUUAUUUAGAGCAAGAAUCUUUCAGCUAGCAUCCAACCGCUUAUACAAAGCGAACGUAAUUCGAUAAUGUCUGGCGAUUGCAAUAGUUAUUGCCCGGGAAAUGCCGAUCCCUGUCAGGCGCCCGUCGAUUUUUCACCCUGCCCUCCCGGCGGCGACUGCCCACCCUGUACUGGAGGCGACUAUGCCGGCUGUUGUUAUCAGCAGCCUCCACGCACUCAGCCCAUCCGUCCGACUUCCCAUUUCAUGCGCUCCACAGCCCCCCUGGAGACUGAAACCAUCUAUAAGCGUUCCUACUACGCCAACUGUGGCGAUUGCUAUCGCGCCCGUCCAGUCCUACCCAGCUCCCAGAUACGCAGCAGCCAGGCCCCCUUGGAGAAAUGCACCGUCCAGAAGCUAUCGUACAUGCCGCCCUGCGUGUGCGGCCGCACGCCCCCUAUCCGCCCUAUGGAGAACGGCCUACGCUUCGAAGGACCCAUCUAUGCGAUGUCUUCGCAGAAGCACGAUUACGUGCCAAAGGGCGGUGUGAAGCGUGAUCCUAUCAUGCCACGCGGCGCCAUUUGCAGCUCAUCGGCACCCAUGGAGCGCUGCACCAUUCAAAAGUUGAGCUACAUGCCCGUGGAUGUGUGCCAGAACCCUCCCCCCAAGCCCAUGGUACAGGGCUCCCACUAUUGUAAACCCGUCGGUCCGAUGGAGCGGUGCACCGUCCAGAAACUGAGUUACAUGCCGGUCUGCCUGCCAGCCAAGGAGCCCACACCCUGGGCGGACAAGGUACGCUGUGUGCCACCACGUUAUCAGAAACUGUGCACCACCUACAACUUGAGUUACAUGCCCAAUUGCAAUGCCGGACGCACUGCACCGGUGGUCCCAAUUUCCAAUUUGCGCUUCCUGGGCGGCAAUGCCGGCGCUGCCAGCACAGUCUAUAAAAUGAGUUACAUGCCCGUGGAUGCCUCGAAUUCCAAGCCUGCGGCCAUUUUGCCACGCAACACUUUCUCUCGCGCCACCGGACCACUGGAGAAGUGCACCAUACAGAAGCUAUCGUAUCAACCCAAUUGUUGUGCCGAGCGCACUCCCCCCAUCCGUCCCAUGGAGAAUGGCCUGCGAUUUGAUGGACCCAUGUACGCCAUGACAACCCAAAAGCACGAUUUCGUGCCCAAACCACAUGUGCGUCGUGCCCCCAUUGUUCAGGGCACUGCCUUCUGCCGUCCCAGUGGCGCUAUGGAGCGCUGCACCGUCAAUAAAUUGUCGUAUAUGCCAGUUGAUGUUACUUGUUUCCCACGACCGGAUCCCAUUAGGCCGCGUCUGGGCUUCUGUCGCAACGAGGGUCCAAUGGAGAACUGUACCACCUACAAAUUGAGCUACAUGCCCAACUGUUUGCCACCGAAGGAGCCACUUCCGUGGGCCCGCUACACCUCGUAUUGUCGCCCAAGCGGACCCAUCGAGAAGUGCACCAUACAGAAGCUCAGUUACGGACCACCGGGCAGCUUCCAACGUUGCGGUGGUCCUUGCGGCACUGGCAAUUGCGAUCCAUCUGGUUUCCCCAAGGCUGGCAUUUGUUAGAGAGGAAAUAUCUUUGUCUUGCCCUUUGUACAGGUUCCCUUUUUCUAAUGUGUUCCAGCUCUCAUUAUUACUGUUAUUCAAAAUCUGUGUAUCCUUCUUGAAGGCAUGUAGCGCUCCAAGUCCUUCUGCUACGACUGAACCAAAGUUUUAGCUUAGCUUACCGAGCACUAUAGGCCUAUUUGUCUCCUUUGUCCAAUAAUGUUGAAAAUGUUUAAUUAUGUACAUCGCACUGUUUAGGUCCCUAAAAACUACAAAAAUUUAAUGUUUUAAAGCGUUGGAAGAUUGUCAGGUAAUAUAUAUCUAUAUAUGUAUGCAUAUAUUUGUAUCUGAAGAUUUACCUUAUAAAAAUUAUGAAUAAAAGUGUAAAACAUUAAUGUUAAA